AUGGAUACAGCGGCAUUUGGCGAACAACACAUUGCAAAGGGCAUUGGCCGCCUCACAAAGCAUGUCUUUGAAGAUGGCAAGGGCACCUUCAUCACCACAGACAAGGGCGUCAAGCUGCUGGACAUGACUGCAGGCAUCGGAGUCGUGAACCUUGGUCAUUGUCACCCCAAGGUCAGUGCCGCUGCAGCGGCACAAUGCAACAAGAUUACCCACGCCCAAGUCAACAUUGGCUUCAGCUCCGCACAGAUCGCUCUUCUCAAAGAGCUGAUUCCAAUCCUCCCGCACGAAUCACUCGAUACCGUCUUCUUCUGGAAUUCGGGUGCUGAGGCGGUUGAAGCCGCCGUUAAACUGGCUCGUGCCGCAACGAAGAAGCCCAACAUCAUCGUCAUGCAAGGCUCCUACCAUGGCCGCACAAACGCCACUGCAUCGAUGACGAGAUCAAAGACUAUCUAUGGCGAGGGUCAUGGCCCGCUAAUGGGCGGCGUCUUCGCGUCUGCGUUCCCAUACUACAGCCAGUUUGGCCUCCCACCAGACACACCAAAGGACCAGCUCGUGAGCCAGGCACUGCUUCAGUUGAGGCUUACUCUGCAGCAGCAAACGUCUCCGGCAGACACCGCUGCUGUAAUCCUGGAGCCUGUUCUGGGUGAGGGAGGCUACGUCCCAGCCCCUCCAGAGUUUCUACAUGGUGUCAGGCAAAUAUGCGACGAGCACAAUGUCCUUUUUAUUGCCGACGAAGUUCAAUCUGGUAUGGGUCGUACGGGACACCAGUGGUUUGUCCAAGAGUCGGGCGUACGGCCAGACAUUCUUGUCUUCGCAAAGGGCAUUGCUAAUGGGUUCCCUCUAUCUGGUAUCGCCAGCAGCAAGAAGCUCAUGGAUCUUCAGAAACCCGGAUCGAUGGGCGGAACAUAUGCGGGCAACGCAGUCGCAUGCGCCGCCGCAACAGCAACAAUCAAAGCCUUCCACGAGGAAAAGAUUCUAGAUAACGUGGCUGCACGCUCCAAGCAAAUAUUCUCAUUCCUUAACGAUCUCAAGUCUUCUGGGACUAAGGCCGGCAAUUUGAUCGAAGAUGUUCGCGGAUCAGGUCUCAUGGUCGGCGUGCAGUUCGCGAACCCAGAACUACAACGCGACUCGUCAAACACCGCCGCGCGUAAUGGUCAGAGUCAGCCGCAGAUAGCACCCAAGAUUGUACAGGAGUGUGUUAAGCGAGACAUGCUUCUUCUCAGUACCUCUGUGUUCGACGUACUGAGAUUCAUCCCGCCACUUACAAUCAGCGAGGAGGAGUUGAGCCAGGCUUGCAACAUCUUCAAAGAGUCUCUAGAGGCUGUUGCGAAGGAGAUAACAGUUCUUGUCACAGGCGCGACCGGCAAGCAAGGUGGCUCGGUCGUAGAUGCCUUAUUGAAAGCGAACGCACCGUAUGAGAUCCUAGCACUUACGCGGGAUGCUCAAUCUUCAUCAUCCAAGAAGCUUCAGCAAAAGUCUCCGAACAUCAAGCUAGUCACUGGAAACCUCGAUGCGGUCGAUGAGAUAUUCGAGACAGCCAAAAAAUCGACGCAGGCACCAAUCUGGGGAGUCUAUAGCGUUCAGGCCCUCGGCAAGAACGAAGAGAAACAAGGCAAAGACCUUGUAGAUGCCUCCAUCAAGAAUGGUGUAUCCCACUUCAUCUUCUCCUCUGCGGACCGUGGAGGUGCAAACUCGGACACAGAUCCGACAGUAGUCCCACACUUCAUCACGAAGCACAACAUCGAGCAGCACCUCUUCUUCAAGGCCAAGAAAAGUGGCAUGACGUACACGGUCCUACGUCCUGUAGCUUUCUUUGAAAACUUGACACCGAAUUUCUUUGGCAAGGUCUUCACCACGAGUUGGGCGAUCAAAAUGCCUAAGGAAAAGAAGUUGCAAUUAAUUAGCACCAGUGACAUUGGGUUCUUCGCCGCUCAAGCGUUUCUCAAAGAUGACGAUCCGAUAUACAAGAACAAGAGCAUAUCGCUAGCGAGCGAGGCAUUGUCCUUUCAGCAGUUCAAAGAAACGUUCGAGAAGAAGACGGGAGAGAAGCUUCCGAUGACUUAUCGAUUUAUUGCCGGCGCGUUGUGCUGGAUGUCGAAAGAGCUUGGAUAUAUGUUCAAUUGGUUCCGUGACGUGGGAUUUGGCGCUGAUGUUGAAGGAUGCAAGAAGGUGAAUCCGGGGAUGAAAGAUUUUGCGACUUGGCUUGAGACGGAAAGCGCGUGGAAGAAGGGCUGA